AUGGCCCAAGGAGAGUUGUGGUCUACACUAGUCACUGCAAUCGAUCCAGGAAAUAUCAGAGCUAUGCCGGCUGUCCUUCAGUCAACUAUCGAUCUCUUAGAGACAGAACUGGCCAAGGCCAGGGCCGCGCUCAAAGAAAUUCAACCUGAUACUGCACCCAUCUUGCUACCUGGAGAUGAGCUUGCCGUUGGGGCGAUUGCGGCUUAUCGCCAAAAUCUCAUUACACGAGCCUCAGACUUUUACUAUGGCUCCCGCCGCCUGUCUCCCAAGGAGGUGGGACUAGUCCCUGUCAUCCAAGAGCUACAGUCAGAUGAAGAAGAGGACGAGGAGUCACGCCAAAAACCUGAAGGUAUUAUUCUUGCGGUGCAUCCCAAGCAAGUUUCCCUCGUGGAUGUUUUCUCGAACAGCCUGAUUCUCGAUCAUAUGGCUCCAUACCUCUCAGUCCCAACACUGCUUGCCCUAGCCUCAACGUCGCGUGUUCUUCGUUCCAUGAUUAUGGAAACUCCGUAUAUUUUUCGGCAUCUCGAUCUGACCCAAUGUCUUGGACACUGGUUUCCUAAUAAGUUAUUGAGGAGCUCAGAAGCUCGAGUUAGUAGCAAUGAAGGUCUGGAGAACGCCUUGACUGAGAAUACACCCCAUUCAGCCCCUCUUCAAAGAAUAUUCGCUGGUUUGGGGCGGGGUUCUAUCCUUCAAGAUGUGCGAACCCUAAUCUUGGAUGGUCUUCCUGUUCCCUCAGAUCUGGUUGCGGAACUUAUUUUGACAGACCGUUUCAGUGUAAAUCUACUGUCAAUAAGGGAAUGUCGCCAUCUAAAUGAGCGCAAACUGAUACAAGUGCUUCAGCAUGCUGUCCGGCCUUCGCGUCCCAAAGGGACCCCUCGGGUGAAAGGUAUUUAUUACUUCACCCCGGUGAGCCAGCCUCGAGCCAUCAUGCGGAGCCGGUACCGUGACUGGUGGAGUUCCAGAUGCAUACGUCCAACGAGCUACGAAGCUCUGAAGACGCAAGAAGAGCCCCAAUCCGAUGGUGCUCGGGAGAGCGCAUUAUAUUAUCAGAAUGCGUGGUAUCGACCCUCUGGAAAACUUAUACCUCGCUCGAUCGAGGACGGCUGGGCUCAUACAAUUCAACAAUGCGAGGGUAUCAUAUCUUUCGACGCCGUACUGUGUCGUGGUCCCCGACACACUCUUGACCUCCACACUUCACCAGGACAUAACGAAAAUAGGUAUCAGGCCGAAGAUCAGCCACUCGGACCAGCAAUCGCUACCGUCGCUUUGGGUCCCAGAGGGUGUGACGGCUGCCAUACUUCGCCUGAAGGUCCGGCAGUCUGGGGUGAAUCUCCGGAAGGGCAGUUUCCCUUGCUGGCCCCACUCCCUUUGCAUUCGUCGUCUAUAGCUGUGGCGAAGCGUCCAGCGCUCUUUCCCGAUGCGCACCCUAUCCUGGUUGCCCGUUGCGCUGAGUGCUUGAAUGAUCGCUGGUGUCGUCGGUGCAACAAAUGGUUCUGCACGAACUGCCUACCAAGUCCCGAGCGGGCGAGGACUAACUUAUCACCCCAUCAAACUGCGAUCAGGGGACCGCGAAAGAUUCCAACCUGGAGUGAGCAGAGACUGCUGGGAAUGCGGGCCGACGGCAAGUGA